UUGGAAUUUUAUUUCUCGCUCUCCUAAAAGCCCAAUUUUCCAAAGCGAUUAAUCUGCUGAAAAUUAAAGGCGGAAUGCAUCCAGUCGUCAUCAGUUACUUCGGGGUCUUGGUGAGCGCACUGAAGAUCGAUGGGUUCAAAAUGUGCCCCCGCCGUUGCUCCUGUUACGAUUCCUCCCAUUUCGUGGACUGUAAAGGGCGCUCUUUAAUUUCCAUUCCCAGAGAUGUCCCGCACGGCACCUGGAUGCUGGAUUUCAGACACAACAAACUGAGUGAAAUCCCCACCGCUUCUUUCAGCGGGCUGUGGUCCAUGCGGAUUGUCCUGCUGGCUCGCAAUCGAGUCCAGCGCAUCCAUUCGGGGGCUUUUGUGUCGUUGCCUUUUUUGGAGAAACUGGAUCUGGACCAAAACCACGUAAAACACCUGCCCGGGGACUUUUCAGAGAGCCUGCAGCACUUGAUAGAACUGAGACUGUCGAAUAAUCGCCUCGAAUACUUACAUUACAACAGCCUGAUGUAUUUAGAGAACCUGGAAAAAUUAGACUUGAGCGGUAACAGGCUCACCUCCAUGGAAACAGGGGUUUUUAAAGGUUUAUACAAACUCCGCCAUCUGCUCCUGAAAAACAACCGACUGCAUGUCAUUGAGAUUGGAUUCUUCUUCAUGCUUCAAAGCCUGGAGGCUCUACACUUGGAAAAUAAUAACAUCACAGCCAUCCAGGGAGAAGCCUUUGCCUCUCUGCGCAGCCUGAGCUUACUGUGCCUCAAUGGGAACCAUUUAAAUCACAUCAAGUUCAAAACGUUUUUAAACAUCCAGACCCAAGGCACUCAUCUUCUGCUAGCGGAUAACCACUGGAUAUGCGACUGCGAUCUUCAGAGAGUGUUUGGGAAGAUCUUGAGUGUUCGACACCUGCAUGUGGAUGACUAUGGCAAUAUCAGUUGUUCGGCCCCUGGACAGCUCAGCGGUUACCUGCUGGUGGCCGUGGACUCUCAGCUGUGCAUUGCCGAGACUGCUACCGUCCUGGUGAUAACGGGCACGGUGCUGGUCACGGUUAUCGCGGCUAUCGUCAUGGCCGAAAGAAACCGGAAGAAACCCAGGAACAAGAACUGGAAUGACAGCGAGGGGCCCUUCGACUCCCAGGAGAAGUGAUUUUUUUUUAAAAAAAAUACUGUAUUGUUUAAUUGAGAAGUCAGUUUCCAUCGAAUUUUCCUGCCGAAUAGUUUUACAUUGGCUUAAUGUAGGAUAUCGUAUCAUUAAAGUAUACACUUCCAAUUAAAUACUCAUGAAAUAUUGUAAUCACUACUUUGAGAGGCUAACAUUACCACCUUUUCUUAGAAAUUGUUCACGUGGUCUUUUUAUCUUAUGAUCUGAUGGAAUGAAGACAAAUAUUAAUAAAUCAUUAGGGUAAGAGUUGGACCAGUUUCGAAUUACCUUUUCAAGGGGACAGACUUUAUCUGGAACGAAUGAUUAUUUAGCGCUAACAAAACUGCAUUCCCAUUCCCCGCAGCUGUCAUAGUGUCAGACAGCCAUGGAGACAUUGUGGCACAGAAGGAGGCCAUUCGGCCCAUCGAGUCCAAGCAGUUCUGUAGAGCAGUCCAAUCAGCUCCAUUCCCCGCGCUCUAUUCCAGUAGCUCUGUGAAUUCAUUUCCCUCGAGGGCCCAUCCAAUUUGCUUAUGGGGUCAUUGAUUGUCUCUGCUUCCACCAUUCUCGUGGGCAGCGACUUCCAGGUCAUUUUCAAUCACUGUGUAAAAUGUUCUUCCUCAGGCCGCACCACUACCUC